AUGUCGGAUUCCAAGCAGGCUGCCCGUGACCAGACAGCUUAUCAGUUGAACAUUCCAGCCUCCACUGCAGAUGCCCUCAAGGAACAAGGGGAGGACUCUGCAAAAAGACGGGGAAAGACUUUUGGACCGACAGAGCUCAGAUUCCCCAAUCCGAAAGAGGAGAACAGCAUGCACAAUGCCGGCGAAGAAUCACUCAACAGGAGGAAGCAUGUCACUGAGAACAUAGCCAAUUCAUACAGGAACAGCUCUUCUUGA